AUGCCUCCCGAGCCUCCGCCCACUCCCCUCCAACCUCCCCUCCCGCCCACUCCCCUCCAACCCACUGUCCUCCAACCCACUCCCCUCCAACCUGACUCUUCCUCUCGCGUUGUUCCUCCCCUGCAAACCGCCUCUGGCUUGAUUAUUGAGUCGAAUCAACUGCCUGACAACUCAAAGCGGCCCAGUGCUCCGAGGGUCAGAUGCAAGCUACAGGAUGCGGCGGGUACGUUCACCUGCUAUAACAACGCCCUCAAGAGCUGCACCCACGGCUUCUGCACCACGCACUGUCCUAUUUUCUUGGGCGGUGUGCGGUGCUCUUACCACUUCAAGGGAACAACCACCCCGGCCCCUGUUGACGCUGAACUUCAAGAACAACCCACGCGCGGCGGCAUAACAUUUUCUCGCAACCUUUCGCUCUCCAUCCAGUCGGUCGUUCAAGCAGCCGACCUUUACGCGCAAGAAAAUAAGGAGUAUCGUCAAAAGCAAUCCGAGUACGAGGCUGAAGAAUUGAAACCCGUCGUGGUGUUCGUCUGGCUUAAGGCUGCUCAAGGCCCCAAAAAAUUCCGACUCGGCUGCCCCACAUGGCCCUAUUUCCAUCCGCAAGAUAUACCCAGUCUCACUACGUACGCCCGGGGUAGAUCAUACUCUCGUUUCGAUGUAUCUGCGCAAGUGUGGGAGGAAACCGAUCAGGCCGUCCGCGUAGAUCGGCUGCCUACCAAAAUUGACGACGUUCCUGUAAUCUAUAUUCACGCCCUCGACGUUCCAGAAUAUCCGCCGCUCCCGGGACUGCCUCAAUCACCGGUUGUGGACUACAUUCUUCCAUGCACACCACAGAAACGUCGCUACGAGGCACCGGAUUCUUUCCACACCGACCGUCGUAGCCCAUCAAAACUGUCCCGUACCAGCAGCACCUCCUCCAUUCAGUCCGCCUAUUCGACUCGUCUUGAUUACACCCCUUCGCGUCCGGGUCCCCGAUGGACCCCAGCUGGUUCUCUCGCUGGUUCGACUCCCGUUUCUUCUGAAAUCCCCACAUCCCCUUCAAGUACCUCGUCUACACCCUUCCGGCCCUCCAGCGCGUCUUCCAACGACCCUCAAACGUCCCGCUUCCCUUCCUCACAUAAUGUGUCUACCCUCAACUCCGGAUCAUCUGCGGUUACUCCUACUCGUCAAACCCACGCUGACUUGAUCCCCCGGGCCGAAACACUCUCUAACGAGGCGUUCAUCGCCCUCCUCAAAAACCAUGAUGGUGAACCGCGCGCGACAGACGACCCCCAGAUUCCAGAUGUACCAGCAACUCCGCAACCCCUUCCUACCUCCAACCCUCACGGUGUAAUCACCAUGCCUGAGCACGUACAACAGCAAGGCGAGAUGAGUCUGCCAGUGGAUGCCGGUACCUCCCGCACAAAACCAGCCAUGACCCCCCAUAUCGAGACACCGUCCACCAAGCCCCUAUUCCCUUGCACUCAUGCAUGUGACAUGAUAGAAUGUAUGGACCGCAUGGAUACCCUGACCGGAACAGUCCCUGAGCGUUUCAGCUCUGUGUUCUCAUUCACGUCCAAGAGCUGGCCCAAAUCGACAUAUUAUCGUCACUACAAUUUCAGAAUCGCUACCGAGAAGCGCGAUCCCGACUUUCUUCGCGAUCUGGUCGCUAAUGGACGUACGGAUGAGGGCUUGUGGUCUAAACUGGUUUCCCGAUUCGAAGGAUAA